AAUUACAAACUGAAAUUAGAUUCACGUAACAACCUCUAAAGCAAGCCUGUCAUGUACCCUAAUCCCACCCUAUAUAUGUGGCUUCUCCAUACUCACACAUAUAUGCAUACACACGCACCCAUCUCUUGAAGAUCUCAUUCAUAUCCCCCCUCCUCAUUCCUAGUUUAACAGUGUUUUUUUUUUUUUUUUCCCACAUAAUUCAGAAUUGACACAAACACACAUUUAUAUACAUAUAUUUAAUCUUGGAGAAGAAGAAUGAAGGAAGAAGAGAGGGGGACAGUGAAUGGAGAAGGAGGCGAAACCGGGAAGCUGGGAGAUCAAAGGGUUGCAUUUUACAGGCUAUUUUCGUUUGCAGACAGGUUCGAUAUUGCUUUGAUGAUCGUCGGCACGGUCUCUGCUAUAGCGAAUGGGAUGGCUCAGCCUGUCAUGACCUUGAUUUUCGGCACACUCAUCAACUCUUUCAGUAGCUCAGAUCCUUCACAUGUUGUCCAUGAAGUUUCAAAGGUAUCCCUGAGGUUUUUGUACUUGGCCAUCGCUUCGGGUAUUGCUUCAUUCCUACAGGUGACUGGUUGGAUAGUUACCGGGGAAAGGCAGGCAGAGCGCAUAAGGCGAUUGUACUUGAAAACAAUAUUAAGACAGGACAUUGCAUUCUUCGACACUGAAACUACCACUGGAGAGGUCAUUGGUAGAAUGUCUGGCGAUACAAUUCUCAUCCAAGAUGCUAUGGGUGAAAAGGUAGGAAAGUUCAUACAACUGAUGUCAACAUUUAUCGGAGGAUUUGCCAUUGCCUUUGCUAGAGGAUGGCUUCUCUCAUUAGUCUUGCUUACGUGCAUUCCCGCUCUAGUCAUUGCCGGUGGAGGCAUGGCCAUAAUCAUGACAAGAAUGUCUAGCCGUGGAGUAAUCAUUUUCAGUAGUUAUGGACUUGCCAUAUGGUAUGGAUCAAAACUGAUCAUCGACAAAGGAUACAAUGGCGGAGUAGUCAUUAAUGUCAUCAUGGCCAUCAUGACUGGUGGAAUGUCAUUGGGCCAGACAUCCCCGUGUUUGAAUUCAUUUGCUGCAGGGCAAGCAGCAGCAUACAAGAUGUUUGAGACAAUCAAGCGAAAACCACAGAUUGAUGCGUAUGACACAAGUGGGAUUGUAAUGGAAGAUAUAAAGGGCGAAAUUGAACUGAAAGACGUGCACUUCAGAUACCCAGCCGGGCCCGACGUUCAGAUAUUCUCUGGAUUCUCUUUACAGGUUCCAAGUGGCACAACCACAGCCUUAGUUGGGCAAAGUGGAAGCGGGAAAUCAACAGUUAUCAGCCUAUUGCAGAGAUUCUAUGACCCUGAAGCCGGUGAAGUGCUCAUAGAUGGUAUCAAUUUGAAGAAGUUUCAACUCAAAUGGAUAAGAGAGAAAAUGGGUCUUGUUAGUCAAGAGCCUAUUUUGUUUGGCACUACAAUAGGAGAGAAUAUAGCAUAUGGAAAGGAAAAUGCUACCAAUGAAGAGAUUAGAACAGCAAUAGAGCUUGCUAACGCAGCCAAGUUCAUCGACAAGCUUCCAAAGGGGCUUGACACUAUGGUAGGAGAGCAUGGAACCCAACUAUCUGGUGGACAAAAGCAAAGAAUAGCAAUUGCAAGAGCAAUUCUAAAGAACCCGAAAAUUCUUCUCCUUGAUGAAGCAACAAGCGCUCUAGACGCCGAGUCAGAACGUGUUGUACAAGAUGCGCUGACAAACAUUAUGUCAAACAGGACUACUGUGGUAGUUGCACACCGUCUGACAACAAUCAGAAAUGCUGACCUUAUAGCAGUGGUGCAGGAGGGGAAAAUCGUGGAACGAGGAACUCAUGGUGAGUUGAUCAAGGAUCCAGAAGGGGCUUACUCACAGCUCAUUCGCUUACAAGAAGGGACUAACAAAGUUGAAGAUCCGCGAAGGAGUGACAUAGAUAAUCUCGAUACAAUUCAGGAUGUAGACAUAACAAUGGGCAGGUCUGCAAGCCAGAUAUUAUCCAUGAGAAGAUCAAUAAGCAGAGGUUCAUCAGGUAGCCAACGCUCUUUCAGAAUUAGCUUUGGACUACACGGCCCUAUUGGAAUCCAAACAGAUAUAGAAGGAGAGGAGAGUAGUAAAAGAAGUGAGACAGAUGAUAAGAAACGCCGCCAAGUGUCCAUUAAACGCCUAAUGUACCUAAACAAACCAGAGUUGCCGGUUUUGCUGCUUGGAUCCAUUGCUGCAGGCAUUAAUGGUGUGACCUUCCCUAUAUUUGGAUUCCUACUUUCAACAGCUAUUAACAUUUUCUAUGAACCACACGAUGAGCUAAGAAAGGACUCAAGGUUUUGGGCACUUAUGUUUGUGGGACUCGGUGUUGUUAUUCUGUUUGUCGCACCAGUGCAGAAUUACUUCUUUGGAAUUGCAGGUGGUAAGUUGAUAAUGCGAAUUCGCGCCUUGACGUUUGAGAAGACUGUCCAUCAAGAAAUCAGUUGGUUUGAUAACCCUAAAAAUUCAAGUGGUGCAGUUGGAGCAAGGUUGUCUACUGAUGCUUCAACAGUGAGGAGUCUUGUGGGUGAUUCAUUGGCGCAAAUUGUACAGAACAUAACAACAAUUAUAGCAGGGCUUGUCAUAUCAUUCACAGCUAAUUGGAUGUUGGCACUCAUAAUUCUAUCUGUGUUGCCCUUGGUGGGAUUGCAAGGAUUCUUUCAAAUUAAAUUCUUAAAAGGGUUCAUCGAAGAUGCCAAGGUGAUGUAUGAAGAUGCGAGCCAAGUUGCAAACGAUGCCGUGGGCAGCAUUAGAACAGUUGCAUCAUUUUGUGCUGAAAAGAAAGUCAUAGAAAUGUAUAAAAACAAAUGUGAGGCCCCCAUGAAACAUGGAGUUAGGAUUGGACUUGUGAGUGGUAUUGGCUUUGGAUCUAGUCUUUUUGCACUCUACUGCACAUAUGCCUUCUGUUUCUACAUUGGAGCUGUUCUAGUGCAACAUGGGAAAGCUACUUUUGGGGAAGUUUUCAAGGUUUUCUUUGCUUUGACAAUUUCAGCAACGGGUAUUUCCCAAACCACUGCUUUAGCCACAGACACCAACAAAGCCAAGGACUCUGCUGCUUCUAUCUUUGAAAUUAUUGACAGCAAGCCCAAGAUUGAUUCAAGCAGCAAUGAAGGCACAACCCUAGCAACCAUAAAUGGAGAUAUUGAGUUCAAACAUGUCAGCUUCAAAUACCCAACACGACCCGAUGUUCAAAUUUUCAGAGAUUUAUGCUUAACCAUUCCUUCUGGAAAGACUGUUGCUCUUGUUGGGGAAAGUGGUAGCGGAAAGUCCACCGUAAUAAGCCUAAUUGAGAGGUUCUAUGAUCCCGAGUCCGGCCAUAUAUUUCUAGAUGGAGUGGAGAUCCAAAAGCUCAAACUGAGCUGGUUAAGGCAACAAAUGGGGUUGGUAAGUCAAGAACCAGUACUUUUCAAUGAAACGAUCCGGACUAACAUAGCUUAUGGGAAGAAAGGAGAGGCUGCAGAAGAAGAGAUCAUUGCAGCCACGAAAGCAGCGAAUGCACACAACUUCAUAUCGGCAUUGCCACAUGGCUAUGACACCAAUGUUGGGGAGAGAGGGGUUCAAUUAUCGGGCGGUCAGAAGCAACGGAUAGCCAUUGCAAGGGCAAUAGUGAAAGACCCUAAGAUCCUCUUACUUGACGAAGCAACGAGUGCGUUAGAUGCAGAGUCAGAGCGUGUGGUGCAAGAUGCAUUGGACAGAGUGAUGGUGAAUAGAACUACCAUUGUUGUCGCUCACCGGCUCACCACCAUUAGAGGUGCUGAUGUAAUAGCCGUUGUGAAGAAUGGGGUGAUUGCAGAGAAAGGAACACAUGAUGUGCUCAUGAAGAUCACUGAUGGUGCAUAUGCAUCUCUAGUGGCACUUCACAUGACAUCCUCAAAGUAGACACAAACCAUUGAUUGGCUCAAGCUGCUUCUUUUUUCUUUUCUUUUUUCCUUUCUCUUUUUUAAUCUCUGCUUUCAAUCUUCCAUUGUUUCUGUUUUCUGUGAUAGUGUUUCGACGAUGAAUCAUCCCUCAAGUUUCCCAACAUGGAGACACACAAAAAUACACGUAGACUCAAUGACUUUCCAUUGAGUCAAUUUAUUGUUGAGUAA